GGAAAAAACUCCUAAAACACUGAAAAUACCUAGUUCUGAAGAAGACAUUAAAGCAAAAAUGCAAACAAGUAUAGAAAAAGCCUCAAUCAGGUCUGCUCACCCCCUUGUGAAACAUCCCAUUGCUGGGUUCUUCAGGUCUUCCGCUUGGACCAACUCCCACGACAGCUAUGUGCGUCCUGCCAAGUAUUUCUCAAAACUCAUGUCCCAGUGCCACCCAUUCCAGAACAUGCCAUCAUCAUGAGUAGCUGGUACUUUGCUUGCUCUGGACUUCAUGGAAUAUAUCAAGAGCUUUUGAGGUGGGCCUUACGCAAAAUAAGGGACUAUGACUUCCUGGACUGCUCUCUCAAACAGGAAGAGCUCUCAAGCCACACCCUGGUGGGCCGAACCCUGAUUUGUUUCCUGGAUGCCAUGAGGGAUUAUUAACUUCUCUGCAAACACUCGUUGCACCUUGGUUCCCUGCAUAUCUUGGCAGAUGUUGAGAAGUCAAUCUUCCUCUGCUGGAGCAGCUUCACCUCUUUUUCAUCCUGAGAGGAGGCUGAAAGGAGAAGACUCCCAGUCGCCAUGACCUCUGCCGUCACCAGCCGUGAGCACCUGGACCCCUCGAUUUGCAGGGGGAGACAGGCCGGAGAGAUGGAGUGGUGUGCCUCUGCCGGCCGAGCGGGGAGUGACAGACCACACCUGCCUCCUUCCAAGAGCACGCUGUCCUCUCGGCACCCACCCGGAAUCAGUCCCCUGGCCCACCACCCGCAGAGGGGUGAUGGCGAUGGCCGGAAGGAGGACGGGCAGCCCAGGACUCCCAGCAGCAGCCACUUGGCCUAUGGCAUCCUGGACAUCCCACCAUGGUAUCUCUGCAUCUUCUUGGGGAUCCAGCACUUCCUCACAGCCCUGGGGGGGAUUGUGGCAGUGCCACUUAUACUGGCCAAGGACCUGUGUCUGCAGCAUGACCCUCUAACCCAGAGCUACCUCAUCAGCACCAUUUUCUUUGUUUCUGGUAUCUGCACUCUACUGCAAGUGCUUUUUGGAGUCAGGCUGCCCAUUCUUCAGGGAGGGACAUUUGCUUUUGUGGCACCCUCCCUGGCCAUGCUCUCCCUUCCUGCCUGGAAGUGCCCUGAGUGGACACUCAAUGCCAGCCAGGUGAACACCAGCUCUCCCGAAUUCACAGAGGAAUGGCAGAAGAGAAUCCGAGAGCUGCAGGGUGCCGUCAUGGUUGCUUCCUGUGUCCAGAUGCUUGUGGGCUUCUCAGGCCUCGUUGGAUUUCUCCUGCGCUUCAUUGGCCCCUUGACCGUUGCUCCCACCAUCUCCCUGGUGGCCCUACCUCUCUUCGAGUCUGCGGGCAGUGAUGCGGGGAUUCACUGGGGGAUUGCUGCCCUGACCAUCUUCCUCAUCGUGCUGUUUUCUCAGUACCUGAAAAACAUCGCAGUGCCCGUGCCCGUGUAUGGAGGCCAGGAGAAGUGUCACACCUCUAGGUUCUACCUGUUUCAGGUUUUCCCUGUGCUGCUGGCUCUCUGCAUCUCGUGGCUCUUCUGCUUCGUGCUCACAGUCACCGAUGUCCUCCCUGCGGCCCCCACAGGCUACGGGCACCUGGCCCGCACCGACGCCAAAGGCAGUGUCCUGAGUCAGGCUCCUUGGUUUCGCUUCCCUUACCCAGGGCAGUGGGGCCGCCCCACCAUCAGCCUGGCCGGCGUCUUUGGGAUCAUUGCAGGAGUGAUCUCCUCCAUGGUGGAGUCAGUAGGCGAUUAUUAUGCCUGUGCCCGGCUAGUGGGGGCCCCGCCUCCCCCGAAGCACGCUGUCAACCGUGGCAUUGGCAUGGAGGGUCUUGGCUGCCUGCUGGCCGGCGCCUGGGGGACAGGGAAUGGCACCACCUCCUACAGCGAGAAUGUCGGGGCGCUGGGUAUCACCAGGGUGGGGAGCAGGAUGGUGAUUGUCGCCGCGGGCUGUGUGCUGCUCCUGAUGGGCAUGUUCGGGAAGAUCGGGGCUGCAUUCGCCACCAUCCCCACCCCCGUGAUCGGAGGCAUGCUCCUGGUCAUGUUCGGGGUCAUCACUGCCGUGGGGAUCUCCAAUCUGCAGUACGUGGACAUGAACUCGUCCAGGAACCUCUUCAUCUUCGGCUUCUCCAUCUUCUGUGGGCUCGCCAUUCCCAACUGGGUGAACAAGAACGCUGAGAAGCUCCAGACAGGGAUUCUCCAACUGGACCAGGUCAUCCAGGUGCUGCUGACCACGGGCAUGUUUGUCGGUGGAUUUCUGGGCUUUCUACUGGACAACACCAUCCCUGGCAGUCUGGAGGAGAGAGGUCUCCGGGCGUGGCAUCACAUCCAGGAGGAGUCCAAGGAGACUGAGAAGGCCUGGGAGGUCUACCACCUUCCCUUUGGGAUUGGCACCAAGUUCUUCACUUCCUCCUGCCCCCGCUGCCUCCCCUUCUGGCCCAGGCUGGACCCUGGGAGGAAAGGUGAGGGGGCCGUGAGCCAACUCACCCUCUGCUCCCAGGAGUCAGGAGAGCGCCCGAAGGGUGCGACAGAGACCAGGAUGUGAAGAGAGCUCUCCAGACACGCGUCCCAAAGCCCCCAAAUGGGCUGAUCUCCCCACUCACAGCAGCUGAAUAAGUGUUAGAUUAAGACUGUGACAAGGGCUCUCUGAGGUGGUCACUUAGUCACCACGACCUUGGGCCGUGCUCCGGGCAAGCCCAUGUCCUGUCUCCUUUAAAGCAUAUAACCUGUGUUCACACAGUAACUGUCCUGGUCCACGUGCUCCUGGUGGUACUUUGACAGCUUAGGAGGAAGAGGCCUGGGUGGGGCAGGGAACCCAGUCGAGCUGUUUGCUCGAAGGUGACAAGAAUGGUUUUCUUGGUCCCCAAGCGGGAGGAAGCCCUCAGGGCUGGCUGUUUGGGCAGGAUGCGGGGCGCCCCUCGUUCCUUCAGGAGCUCAGGGAGCCGUGGCUGAUCUCGUCCACCUGAGCUGUUCCUGAUGGGAAAGUGAAGUCCUUAGAGAUUGAAGCCUUUACAAAUCUGCUUUAUUGACUGUAAUUUUUCUCCCUGAGAAGCUCAGUCAACUCCCACUGGCAGUAAGGUUUCCCGGUCACCUUGUCACUUCCAUGCUACUAAAUAUACCAGCCAGAGUCAACAUUACUCCUGUUUUGCUGGAAAAGUGUCAUCCUUGUGUAUCACUUUAGUUGGUUAAAAGUCAUGAACUUUCUUUUUCACUAUUUCCUGGAGUUUUUAAACCAGUUCGGCUCUUUGAACAGAUUUUCAUUCCUAAUACAAACAUCUUGUGUUGAUUUUAAAA